ACUCCCCAUCAACCCACCACCAUGACAGCCAUCAAAGAAACCCCAGAUGUCGCCGCCAUCAAAGCCCUCAUCAAAUCUUUCUUCGACCGCAUCAAUGCCAGCGACGGAAAAGGCCUCGCCACGCUCUUCCUCCCCGGCGCGAACCUCUCCAUUCUCCGGCAAGACCCGGCGCGGGACCCUGCAUCCGACUCGCCCUGGAGCGAGGGCCCUCUGCACCCUACCACCCCUCAAAACGCAGAAGAGGAUGAUAAAGAAGAGAAAAUUGUAGUCAUCUUGCGCACCUCCAUCGAAAAAUUCGUCAAGAUGAUUGAAGACGGAGAAAAGAAGCGAAAGGGCAAGCCUGGGCCAAAGGUACACGAGACGCCGGAUCUGGAGGCUACGGAUGUUAAGGUUGAACAUUUGUUUGGCGCGGCGUGGAAUCCGUUCAGGGUUACUUUCGAUGGGGUAUUGCAUCAUUAUGGGACUUUUGCGUUUACUUUUGGGAAAGUAGAUGGCGGGGAGGGUGAGGGGAAUUGGGACGGGAAGGUGUGGAGGAUUGAGGGGUUGACGCAAAACUAUCGACGUUCGAGGGGGUGGGAGGAGGGAGGUGAACUAUGAUAUACUCCGAUGUCUAUGGUACAGUCUAUUAUCGGUCCUCAUCCUCAUGAGUUACAACAACACAAAAGCUACAUGCAGGGGUAUCCCAAGGAAAUCUAGCCACUCAACCCUCCCAUAAGCCAGACCAACGAAACGCCAAACAAUGCAAACGAUACCAGGGACC